AUGGAAAGUAGCGAAUAUAGCAAAUAUGUAAAUUUACCAUUUUAUGGCGAAAUGGACGAUAGUAUAAUGAAGCCAAAUGAAAUAGAUAGUAUUUCAAUGUCUCAAUAUAUAAAUGACUCCUCGAGAAAUGAUGUAGAGACUCUUGGAGGUUUAGAUGUUAAUUCAUUUGAUAAUGGAAAUCAAUUUACAUCUAAUACUCGGAUUGCUUCAGAAGGAUGGGACUCAUCCACACAUAUAAUUCAUGAAAAUGUCCAAAAUAAUAACCCACAAUUAGCACUAAUAAAUCCUGUAGCGGCAGGUUCACAAUAUCUUACAGAUUCAACCUUUAUGGACCAACCUGGCCAGUCAUUGAAAGUUCAACAGCAAGGGCAUUCGUAUGGAACGCGGUAUGCAAAUCAAUUACGUCCGACACCUGGUAUUGAACCUCGUAGAAGAAAAAUCCCAAAAGAAAAAAAUGAACCAGAAGAUAAGGGACCUUAUUGUAUUUGUCAAGGCCCUUCUUAUGGAACAAUGAUUAUUUGUGAUUACUGCAACGAGUAUCAUAUUAGGUGUGUGAAUUUAACAAAACAACAAGCAAAAGAAAUAGAAAAAUAUAUGUGUCCAAACUGCCAAGGAUCUAGAACUCUAAAAAGUUUGAUUCAAGAAGAUCGCCCUAUAGUCGAGACGAAAAGCAUUGAUCCCAAAGCGUUGAUGAUCGAGGAGCCAAAACAAAUCGAACCUCCAUCGUCUCCAAAGUGUAAGCUUCAACACUGUACAGAAAAAGCACGUGAUAAUAACCCUUAUUGUAGUAAUAAAUGUUUUAUACAAGGUCAUAUAUUGGAAAUCAAAAAAUCACAAGAUACAGAAUUAGUGCAAAAUCAACCCGAACCUUCAGUUGCAGAAUCAAAAAAGACACCGCGUGUGAUAUUACCAAAACUAAAAUCACCCGCAAUAAAAAAAGCUGUGUCCAUUCCUACAAAAUCUGGUUCGAUUCAUAAUAAAGCACAAACUACAAGUUCUAGUGAUAACCGUCCAAAAAUACGCAGUGUGUUUCCGGAGAAACUUAAAGGAGUAUUCACUAAUAAAUAUACGGAACUAGUUCAAGAUCCUGAUUAUCCUGAAAAAGAUAAAAAUCCUCAUGAACUUGGACUUCAACUUGCAAAUGAGAUUGAAGAUGCAAUUUUCCACAAAUUUGCAAAGGGUAUUAUCGGACAGGACUACAAAACUAAAGUUCGAAGCCUAAUUACAAGUUUAAACGAUCCCAAAAAUGCGAAUUUGUUGCGUCGAAUACUCUUUGGUGAUAUUCCCCCCGAAACUUUAGUUAUGAUGUCUUCCGAAGAAUUAGCGAAUCCCGAACAGAAAGCAUUAAUGGCUAAAGUACGAAGAGAAAGCUUGCAACGUUCAAUUUUGAAACAUGAAAAUACUGGUCCAAGAAUUAAAACCACUCACAAAGGAGAAUUGAUCAUAGUUGAAAAUGUUCGUGAUUCUCCUCAAGAUUCACCAAAAGAUACUACUACUUACUUUGAAGAUAACUCUCCUACUUAUGCAAAUUUCAGCGCUCCUGCUGUUGAGAGACCAAAAAUUAAAUUUGAAGAUUUAGUUCCGAAGAAAUGGAUUGACGAUAAUAUAAUGGCAUCCAAAAAUGAAAGUUCGGAGGGCAAUCAAUUAGCUCAAAUAGUAAAUAGUCCGUUAAUAUCACCAAGUGUAUCAUCAGUUAAUUCACCAAUGCAUUCUCCUCCAAAUUUAUCGUGUCAAUAUUCUCCUGGAAGUCCUUCCGAAAUGCGAUUCGAAUCUCCUGGAACUCCUAUAGGAACUCCUCCAAGCAGUAAUAUGAAUAUUGUACCUGAGACCGUAUGGAGGGGUAAAUUGGUAUUUGAUAAGAAACUUGGAGAAUUUUCAGGACAUGCGGACCUUCUCGCGGCGAAAAAACGUGAUAAGAAAAGGAAUUGGGAUGAAUAUCUCGCAUCAUCUAUUAUCGUCAAUGGUCAUGUUUCCAAAAUUGAAGAUGUGGACAAUUAUUUAGUUGACUGUUGGUGUUCACCUAAUAAAGAUAUAGCAAUCAUUAAAUUUGACAUUGGUGAAAAUCAUAGUAAUGAAGAAUUUGAAAAUAUAUUUAAUUCUUUGCAUUAUGCACCAAAAUCAGCUGAAAUAAAGAAGCGUCGAUAUGGACGUGUCGCACCCGCAUAUAGUACUGUAAGAGAUAUGUAUUUAAUUUCAUUAGAACCUGAUGACAAGCUUCCAGAUGUCAUAACUUUUUUAGAAUUGGAUGGAAUUUUAUCCCUUGAAAAGCGACCAACUAGGUUAUUGUUGGGUGCUGUAAUAAUUGUUGAGGCAGAAUCAAAUAAAACAAAACGUAUACACGAUAUAAACGAGAUAAAUGGUAGAACAGCAAAAAAAGAAAAAAGCGAAACCAAUACCACGGCUAACUUGGCAAAAGUGAUUGCCUUACCAAAUAUUGGAUCUAACAUUCAUAAUAACGAAUCGAUUCAAACCAGUAAACCUCCUACAGCGAGUUCUAUUAGUUCUUCAACAAGUUUUUGGACGAAUCAACAUAAUUCUGCUAAUGGUACUACUGUAACUACAGCAACAAUUCCGGCGUUUCUACAGUCAUCAUUAACUACAAAUAAUCAAAAUCAUCCGAAUUUAAAUAUUAAUGUCUCACAAGGCAUUCAACAAACUCCGCUUGCGCAACCACUACCAAUGAUAACAACUUCUACAAAUGAGCUUUACGGAUUAUCUUCAUAUCCUCCUAAUCCUCCAAAUCCACCAAUGAUACCGCUCCAAGCUCCUCAAAAUUAUCCCAUGGUUCCACCAUCACAUCAGCAAUGGAUGCCUCCAAUACAACCACCGCAACACCCACAACAACAAGUAUUUCUUUCUCAACAAGGUCCUUCUCAUGGACAAUCACCGUUCAUGCCACCACCCUCAAAUAUUCAACAGCCAAAUGUACAAUAUGGACAUCAUGUAAUAUCUGAUGGCGUUUCGCAACAACAACCCAUAAGGCAACAAAUGCCUAUUGGAUCGUCUUCUCAGUAUAACGCGUAUCCGCAAAAUUUCAAUCAUUCCCAAUAUGAAUCACCUCGACCACAAUCACGGGAGAAAGAUAAUAGGCCGAAUUGGAAUAGAGAUAAUAGACCGAAUUUGGAUCGAGAUCGAAAUCGUCAUAAUCGGCCAAGAAGAAUUGUGAGAGAAGAUAGACGACAUCAUGAAACUGAAGAUUAUAGACCUCCAACAAGAGAUCCCAGGCGACCUUCACCACCUUCAUCAGAUUAUCGGGAUUUCAAAAGAGGUGGAGGUAGAGGUGGAAG